AUUAUUUCACCAUUAUUUCAUUUUUAUUAUCAGCACCAAGAGAUGAACAACAAACUCAAGUGGUUGUUUUCAAGCAGUAUGGCAUUAUAUCCAUCUGUUUACAUAUAUGAUCAACAGUCUUGGAAUAAAGCUUUCACAUAUGGGAGACUGGAGGAAGCAAUUAGACUGGCAACUUGGGUUUCAAAGGAAAAGAAGAGAACAGUUCCUGUGUUUCCUUAUUUCCGUCACCUCUACGAAGGAAAACCGUUUGAAUUUGAUUACCUUACUCUUGUUGAUCUACAGAACACAAUUGGCCAGGCAGCUGAUAUGGGUGCAGCAGGUGUGGUCAUGUGGGGAAACAGGCGUGAUGAGAACACCUCUCCUGAAGUUUGCAUUCAGCUCAACGACUAUAUUAAAACAAAACUUGGUCCUUACUUUGAAUCUGUGAGGCGUCAAAUAGAGAUCUGUAGUCAGAAAAAGUGUAAAGGUCGAGGACGGUGUGUCGAUAGUCGACUGAUUUCUUCAAGAUGGGUGGCUGAGGAGCCUAGUUUGUAUGCACCAACUUGUAAAGGAUCACCGAAGCUAUUCUCUCCAUUCAUACAGCAGCAUUCCUCUCACGACAAUCGUCGAGGUGACCAGACAAAAACCAAACUUCACAACUCGAAAAAAAGUGACAGCAAAGGUCACGAUUCGCCAGUGGACGCCAAACCACAUCAUAAACAUGGAUUGAGUUCCGAACAAAGACAGUAUUUAAUGAAAGAGCUCACGCUGCUCAAUGCUACAGGAAGCAGGAAAGUGUUUCUCAAAUCUCGUCAUCGUAAUUCUACCAAGGACUUCGUGGUUUUCAUGUCCACGUCUGACUCGGCUGUUGAGGUGAACAAAGCUCCCCAGGAUGCUGAUAGAGGGGUAGCGGCUACAAGCGGACUGCACUACCAUGACAAGUUAAAUGACAGUCCAAGUUUUACUGAAACAACAUCCAGGGGAGCCAUGGCACCAAGUAAACUAAUGCUUUGUAAUGAAUCGUCACCCGAGUACACAAACUGUGAAAUCAUGAAAGAAAGUCCGUCAGCGUACACAAGUGGAUUCCAUUUUCCUCACACGUAUGUGGUGUUUAUUUGCGCGUCUCUGGGCUCCGCUCUGCUGGUAUCCACUACUUUCAUUAUGAGUUACUAUUACUGCAGUAUUCGCAAGAAGGUAGAAGAUGACGAUAUUCCGCGCGGAGACUGAUAAUCAGUGACAAAAGUAACGAAAUUACUCCCGUGGAGCUUUGUAAAGUGAGUUUCAGUUCGAUUUUAAUCGUCAAUCUUUGGCUGUUCGCCAUAAUUGUUGGAAGCUCGAGACAAAGGUGGAAUGCGUGCGAGCUGUCUUGAUGAGUACCUAGAAGACACAGCAAGGACAGAAACAGCUAUUUCAUACUGGUUCUAUUCCAUGGGAGAAAUGCAGUACAGAAUAACCUCGGUUACUAAACGACGUGUAAAUCUAACUUGUUAAUGGUCCUUUGCCAACUGAAGGUUUCAAAUUCCACCCAAAUUCCUUCUAUGCAAAAGACGAUAAUGUAUGUCAGAUUUUUCUUCGGCCAAAAGAGUGAUAUUGUUGAUAACAGAUUUUGAAGUUCAAUUGUUUACAAACCGCAAAGAUGCAGUUUGCAUCAUAUUACUAGAAGCAUAUCGGUGUAUGGAAUUCGUCUAAACCAGAUCAAUGCAAUAGUUUGUUAAAUUCACGCAAGGGAUUUUCCAUCGUUGAUCAGCGGUUGCGUUACCAGGUCUCAACUGCCUGACCAACGACAACCUUUGAUAUUUAAGGGAAGCCAUUGUGGCAAAUUAUCUGCUUUUUUUUUUUUUUCGUUUUGACAUUUGUAUUUUGUGAGGUAGAAUCCUUUAAAACAACGGAAAUGACAGUAAAAAUAACAGCUCAGCAAUCGGCUUUUGAAAUCACAGGUUUCAAUUUCUGUUUUGCUUACCGAAGAAAAACAUGACGUUUGAUGUUUUGUCAGGAUUAUGAGAUGUAUCUAAACAGAACACCCAUUAGUACCAUGCUUGAGAUCAAAGGCGUCUUGUUGCAAAGUAUAGAGAAGUAUUUUUUUGGUUAAUAAAAAUGU